AUGCGUUCCUUUUUCCUCUUUGGCCGCUUCUGUGGCCGAAGGCAUCUCGGCCUCUUUCAAUUCGCGAGCCACGUGCGCAUCCCGCGGCAUCAACAAUCCUUCACCCGAUGGACCAGAAAAUACAGCCUCAAAGACCCUCGUCAGCGGCGCCAUCCCUCCCUUCUGGCCGCUGCAGCCGCUCUUUCUCCAGCAGCGUUCAUUCAACUGGGGGAACAGGAUGAUGGUGGCAAGACGCGGGAAAUCAAAAUGUUGGAGGUGUCGAGGGAGGAGAUCAGCAAGAAAGUUCCCGAGGACGUCUACGGCUUUCAUCGGUUCUACAAGACCAUCGUCUACGUGCUUGACCAGUGGAUCUACGAACCCAUUGCCACGAGCUUGCGCUUCUUCCAUUUGGUCGUCAUCUUCGUCCCCGUCAUCGUCACCGUUCCCGCGGCGUUUCUGGGUCCGAGAAGAAAAGAUCGCGAUAAUGAAAGAGCCGGGACGGUCUGGUGGUAUGGCUUUCUUGUGAAAUCUAUGGAGAGAGCAGGGCCUGCCUUCAUCAAACUCGCUCAAUGGGCUGCGUCCAGGAGCGACAUCUUCCCUGCCGAGAUGUGCAGGCAGAUGUCCACACUGCAUUCCAAUGCCCCUGCUCAUUCUCUCCAUCAUACCGUUAAGACCAUCUGUGAAGCAUUUGGCGGGAGAUCCUUUAACGAGAUAUUUCAAGAGUUCGAUGAGAAGCCCCUCGGCGUCGGCGCCAUUGCGCAAGUUUACAAGGCCAGACUAAAGCCAGAUCUCGCAAAGCUAGACGACAGCGAUCUGGAGGCGCAAGACAAACACAGACUCCGGCAUCGCAUUCGGAGGAACGUCGAUGCCCUUGUCAAGUCAAGCCCCCAGAGAGUCCCUUCGGCCUACGUCGCCAUUAAAGUCUUGCAUCCGAAGGUGGAACGGAACGUUCGCCGAGAUCUCAAGAUCAUGGCCGUCUUUGCCGCAAUCAUCAAUGCCAUUCCAACUCUGGAGUGGCUUGAUCUCCCCAAUGAAGUCCACAAUUUCGGCGAGAUGAUGAGGCUGCAGCUGGAUCUCCGCAUUGAGGCCGCCAACCUGACCAUUCUUCGAAAACAUUUUCAGCAUCGAACUACCGCAUGGUUUCCUGAUCCAUAUACGGAUUUCACAACUCGCACCGUCCUUGUCGAGGAGUUUGCUCAAGGUCUCCCGCUCGCAGCUUUCCUAGAAUCAGGAGGUGGCCCGUUCCAGAAAGACAUCGCAAACGAGGGGUUAGAUGCCUUCUUACACAUGCUUCUGAUAGAUAAUUUUAUUCAUGCCGACCUGCACCCCGGUAACAUCAUGGUCAACUUCUAUAAGCCAGUCCAUCCGGACGUGGGGCUAGAUGUCAAGCUACCCACCUAUAUGUCCCGACAAGACGCAUCCCAGCCGGCGACCGCUUCCGAGACCGACGAGUCCGAGGCAGUUUUAUCGCGGCUGCGACCCUACGUGGGGAAAAAGAAGGAAUGGCGAGCUGCCCUGGAGCAGCUUGACAAGGAUGGUUACAUACCACAACUGGUCUUCAUCGACACAGGCCUAGUCACAGAACUCAACGCAAAGAACAGGGCCAAUUUCUUGGACCUUUUCCGCGCCAUUGCCGAAUUCGACGGCUACAAGGCUGGGCACUUGAUGAUUGAACGAUGUCGUCAGCCUGAUGCCGUUGUCGAUGGCGAAGUGUUUGCCCUCAAGAUGCAGCAUCUCGUUCUGGCCGUCAAGGGCCAAACUUUUGCCUUGGGCAAUAUCAAAAUCGGCGACGUUCUUUCGCAAGUCCUCGGAAUGGUAAGAGCCCAUCAUGUGAGGAUGGAAGGUGACUUUGUGAAUGUGGUCAUCUCAAUCCUCCUUUUGGAGGGUAUCGGACGGACACUAGAUCCAGAUCUUGAUCUCUUUCAGAGUGCCUUGCCAAUUCUGCGGCAGCUCGGGUCUUCAGACCCUGGAGCUGUACUCAAGAGUUUCAAAGAGGGCGACUUCUCUUUACUGAAGAUCUGGGUUGGACUCGAAGCCCGAAGAUUCUUCCAAGCCAGUGCAGAAAGUGUCGAGAUGUGUGUCAAAUACGACUUGCUGAGUCCUAAUGUGUGA